UUUUCACAAAUAAAAAUACAGAAGUCGUCUUUUUUUUACCCGCUUUUUAUGUCAACAUUUUGCCCACUACUCCCGCUCACGUUCAUGAGCUGUUCAAAAGCACCUCGUGUACAUAAUAAAUUCACUGCAAUUUAUUUAUCGAAUGAAUUUCUCAGCCAUGAAUUCUGUCAAUUUUAUUUGUCAUUUGAAUGACUCUUGUGUGGUUAAACAAGUGAUUGGAUACGUGUUGUGUUACUCCUUCGGCUCUCGUUCAAGUCAGCAUGUUUCAUGAUGGCGUCCAAAAGCCCGCUGGACGUAUUUUCUGUAUUCAAAAUACUAAAUCUUGAUUGAUGAGAGUGAGGACAAAUGAAGAUGAAACGUUCAAGAAGUGAGAUGAUCAAUGCAACCGUCGAGUCAUACUUGAAACGUCGCCGUUAUCAGGAUAGUGAUUUAUUUCGUAAAACGGAGAGGACUGGAUGCAGGAGCAGCGAAGAAGUGACCUUGACUGCUAAAGCAGAGAGUGCUCUGUCUCGAGACAACUCCAUAGUGUUCAGUGCUAUCAUCAACGACGUUGUAGCUGCUGAUCAAGCUUACCAGAGAUUAAAAGCCUGGGUCUACUCCAUAAAGACUCAACAAAUAAAGUACGAGCUACAUGGCCUCCUCUACCCCGUCUUCUGUCACUUGUACCUCGAAAUACUUCACGCUGGUAAUCCACAGGCUGCCAUUCAAUUUCUGAAGAAUUAUCAGGGUGACUUUGUCACGGAUACUGAGAGGGAUUUUCUCGAAGAAUUGUCAAGUAUAUUUACGAUACAGGAUAUCGAAUUGAGGCCACUUGUCAAUGCAUUUAGAAUGAGAAAGUACAAAGUUGAUAUGUCUGAUGAGGCGCACAUUUGUCUGCAGAAGUAUCUCAGUAAAAACGGGCAUAUUAUUAUAAUGCAGAUUAUAAAUAUACACAUAACUAUUAUUAAAAAAAUAGUCGAUAUGAAUAUGAUUGACGAAGAGACUGGUGAUCAAGCUCAGGGACACGAAAUUGGCAUAAAUGGGCACGUGGAGCUGGCAUCGGGCACUGGAGUUGAUAGAGAGAUGCGUGAGCUCCAGGAAUCCAUUCGAUUGAUAAGAAAUAACGCUUAUCAACCUUUGAGAAUAUUCACGGUUAAUAAUGCAGCUGAGAAUGGCAGUUGUGCUACAAUGACGCCGAAUAUGGAUAAAUUGGCGGCUGGAUUCAGCACAGCUGAGAUUAGACUUUGGGGUGUGGGGGAGACGGUGCUCAUGAGACCGAGGCAGGUGAGAUCAUCCAUUACGCUGGCCUGUGACACUGCAUCCACUAGUAGACCACCUGACGAUGGGAACGAGAUGGAGGAGGCAGGUGCUAUCGUUCUCAGGGGGCACACGGACGUCAUCCAUGACUUAAAAUUCGUCGCUCAAUCUAGUGUACUGCUGUCCGCCUCCAGUGACAAGGACAUGAGGGCUUGGAGCCUCAGUGAUUACUCGUGUGCUGCUGUUUAUAGUGGACAUAAUUAUCCAAUCUGGUGUAUGGAUACGAGUGCUUUUGACUUGUACAUAGCAACUGGCUCUCAUGAUCGAACCGCCAAAUUAUGGAGUCUGGACAGAAAAUUUCCACUCAGGGUUUUUGCCGGCCACUUUCUGGAUGUCAAUUGCAUAAAAUUUCAUCCAAAUACGAGAUACCUGGCAACAGGUUCUGCUGAUAAAUCCGUCAGACUCUGGAACAAGGACGAUGGUAAUUUAUUGAGAGUAUUUGUUGGCGCCCAAUCGACGAUUUACAGUCUGGCAUUCAGUCCCGAUGGGAAAUAUCUGGCUGCAGCUGGCGAUGAUAGGUCAAUAGCAAUAUGGGACCUGGCGACAAAUGCGAUAUUGACUGAGCUUAAAGGCCACCAGGAGACAGUGAUGAAUUUAGACUGGAGUCCAGAUGGUCAGUACAUAGUCAGUGGUAGUACAGACGGUAUCGUGCGUCUCUGGCCAUCGCACGAGCACAUAAAAACCGGCAUCAAUACCCCAACAAACUCAACAGGCAGAGAUUGCCGCCCUCAGGUAUACUCAACAAAUUGCUCAAGUAUUCUAUCGCUUCAAUACUACCGAAAAAAUAGUUCACUUGUCUGCAUUGGAGCUGUAUGAAGACUGCUGGAUCUCGCUGCCAAAAUAGGCCGAACAUAAAUGGAAAUAAAUGAAAAAUAAUAAUGUCAAUACAUAAUAAUCAUCAUCAUCAUUUUCAGUCUAGUGGUAGAGAUCCCCCUCACAGGCAAGAUAGUGAAUUAAUUUGUUGUACUUGCGAUUAAAAAAAUUGAAAAAAAAUUUACUGCAAUACUGUGAUGGAGUGACGAUCAAAUGAUCCUUUCAUCUACCUUCAAAUUUUAUUCAUUCAAAUUUUACUGCUACAUUCUCAAGGGAGAGGGGAAGGGACGAGUGGUAGAGAGCAAAGUAGUGAAUUUAUGCGGCUAUCUUCAAUGUUUUCUUGUUAUUCAAAUCAAAAGAAGGAAUUUUAUAAUUGCAUUUGACCCUGGAAUCAGUGUUUUAAAAAUGGAAUUUCGAAAGACCUCUUUUGUAGCACAAUAUGUCUCAAAAUUUUUUCCUGGUAGUACUCGUUAUCAAAAUAAGCGGAAAUUCAGCAAGAUUCCUGGUGGAUAAUAAACAGUCAUUGUUCAUUUUCUUCACACAUUUUUUGUGUUUUGUUCUCAUUAAUUUUGUAAAUAAUUCACUUGGUGAUUGUACAGGUGAGAAUUCAUUGGUAAUUUCUCGCUGUUUUGUAAAUAUUAAAAAAUAAUAAAAAUGACGGCUAGAGCCAACGAGGUCGAUAAAAUUUGUAUUCACAAAUUUUUGUUUCUACUAAAUUAUUUCCCCGUGUGUUUGCGGAAAGACAGAAUAAAAAAGUAAAAUAAUGAAAAAAAAAUUGUAAUUCAACGCCUCUUUGGUGGUAAACAUUAAAAACUACCUCAUAAUCUAAGGACCAUCGAUUUUUGCUUUUAUAUUAUUGUUCUGGCAUAAUUAGAGUGAAAAAAAAAUUGAGAAUAAGAAAAUAAGAUUCGCAUCAAAGAAGUGUACUUUUUAUUUUAGUCUCCGAAUGAUAAAUUGUAAUAUGGGCUGCCCCGAACAGUAAUUACACAAAUUCUUCUUAAAAACAGGAACUUUUUGUAGAUACAUCAAUCCUGUAUAUGUACAAUUACACAUUGAAUACAAUUUUUUUUUCUUUUUUUCUCUAAUCAUUUUCCCUUCUUUAUUUUUUCCUCUGCAAUCAUUAA